AGAGCCGGCGGGGGCGGAGCCGGGCUCCGGGGCGGAGGAGCCGGGGAGGCGGGAGGCGCGAGGCGCCGGGGCCGUUGAAGUGGCCUCCCUCCCGCCCCCAGCCGCCCGGUCUGGCCCCAGCCCUGUCCCGACCCCCGGCCUGGCCCACUCCGACCCUACCCGGCCGAAGGGUUCCGCUGGACACGCAGGCGGCCUCCGGAGCAGCCCAAGCCCAUGAGGGCCGCGCGCCCGGCCGCCGGUGCUGACGAGACGGAGCUCCUGGCCCCCGAGGAGGAGCAGAGGAUCAAUGCGGUUCAAGAAUCGAUUCCAGCGGUUCAUGAACCAUCGAGCUCCAGCCAAUGGCCGCUACAAGCCAACUUGCUAUGAACAUGCUGCUAACUGUUACACACAUGCAUUCCUCAUUGUUCCGGCCAUCGUGGGCAGUGCCCUCCUCCAUCGGCUGUCCGAUGACUGCUGGGAAAAGAUAACAGCGUGGAUUUAUGGAAUGGGACUCUGUGCCCUCUUCAUCAUUUCUACAGUAUUUCACAUUGUAUCAUGGAAAAAGAGCCACUUAAGGACAGUGGAGCAUUGUUUUCACAUGUGUGAUAGAAUGGUUAUCUAUUUCUUCAUUGCUGCUUCUUAUGCUCCAUGGUUAAAUCUUCGUGAACUUGGACCCCUGGCAUCUCAUAUGCGUUGGUUUAUCUGGCUUAUGGCAGCUGGAGGAACCAUUUAUGUAUUUCUCUACCAUGAAAAGUAUAAGGUGGUUGAACUCUUUUUCUAUCUCACAAUGGGAUUCUCUCCAGCCUUGGUGGUGACAUCAAUGAACAACACUGAUGGACUUCAGGAACUUGCCUGUGGGGGCUUAAUUUAUUGCUUGGGAGUUGUGUUCUUCAAGAGUGAUGGCAUCAUUCCAUUUGCCCACGCCAUCUGGCACCUGUUUGUGGCCACGGCAGCUGCAGUGCAUUACUAUGCCAUUUGGAAAUACCUUUACCGAAGUCCUACGGACUUUAUGCGGCAUUUAUGACCAAUCUGUACUAAUUCUCCAAACCAGUAUUAUUUCAAUUAUGGCACUUGGGAGUGGGGUGAGAGCUGAACAUUGCACAGGGAAAGAAAAAAAAAUAACUGCACUGACUUUAUAUCUUUUGAAUAUAAUUACUGUGAAAGUAUAAAGGCUGUGUUCUGGAAUUUUCCCCCUCACAGCAAAUAAAUAAGGUAGUGAAUUAAUUAUUCAUUCCAUUCCACUAUCAUGAAGGACUCUGAAUAGACUUGGCCAACUGAUGUUUACAAACCAGAAUUUUGUAUUUUAAUUUUACAGAUUUUACUACAUGAUUUUUCUAAAUUGUUAUGUCAGGUCGUAAAAGUCAGUGCAAUAAGAAACCUUCCUUUUUAAGAAGAAAAUUGUUUCUAUCACUUUCCCAUUCACUAGGUAAAGAAUCAUGGACAGAACUUACACUACUUUUUACCAUGUUUCAUCGUGGCAUAACAUGGUUCUUUUUUAAAUAGAAACUUUAGUUUUUUGUAAAUUUUUAAAAAAAUAUUUCAUUGAUAUGCAUCUCUGCAGGUCCUCAUUCAUGUUGUAAAUUUUUGCAGCAAGCAGUCAACAUUCCACAAACGAACAAACAUUAUACCUCUUCUGAUAGUUUUAUUAAGCAUGGAGAAAUUGCCAAUUUUUAAAAACUGCAGUUUUCCAAACUUUUCUGCCAACCUCUUACUCUGAAUUCAGUGCUGCUUUGGGACAUAUACUUGACCUAGCUUGGUUUACCAGUGAUGGAAAAGUAUUUUGAUAUCAUUAACUUUUUCAAAAGAUCCAACUUCUUCUCUAUGCCUUUGCCACAUUCUCUUCACGGUCUCUUUCCACAGUGGACAAGUAUUUUUUCUGUAUUCUGACAGUGUUGUUGGGAUGGCCAUCUGCCGGAAACUCCUGAAGAGCAUUAGGGAUUACAGUGAGCAGUUGUAUUGCCUGUUUGGUACCCAAUGGUUAAGUCAUUGUCACUUAGCUUUAUAUUGUCAGUUUGAUAUUUAUUUUAGAUUGUGGAACCAGAUGCAUAAAUUCACACUUCUGCCUUUCCUUUGCAUCUUCCCAUAUAUUGCGUUUUGUUUUUUUUUUUUUCCUAGAAAAAAUUUUGAAAGCAUUAUUUGACAGGUAGGAACUCAUGUAUCUGUAGUCCAUGAGUUAUAUCCUGGCUCACUGGAGUGAUACUUAUGUAUUAUUUUUACUUUUCUCUCGGUGUCUUAUAUUAAGAUUAACAUGUUGUUAAUAGUUGCUUUGUUGAUUAAUCUCUCUUGUUGGUGUUUUAAUAAAUGAAAUAGGCUUGCCUUUAGAUUGGGUGCUGAUAUUGCCUGUUUCCUAGUAAUGGGCUGAUCAAAUGAUCAGUGGAAUUCUUGGUUUGAUGAUAAGCUUAUUAAUUGAAAUUUUUUACUGAUGUGGCUUUAAAAGGUUUAUUUUGUAUAUGUUUAGAACUCUCUGAUUUUGAUGAAUUAUAUGGGAAUGAGAAACAGAAGAAGUGGUAUUUGCUGGUGAGUUAAAUAGGCAAGGUACCCAGUGAUAACACCAACCAAACCACUCCUAUCUGCAUGAUUCUGAACAUCUGGAUGCCUGUUGUAUUACUGUGUAUAUUUUAUUUUUAAUAUAUUAACUUUGUGGAUUCAUUUAAGGUCUACUCAAAAAUAACACUGUCAAAACCACUAAUAUGUAUGUAAAAAUUGUGCUGUAUACUACAAUAAAAUUGUUACUUGGAUUUGUUCCA